AAGCUGAAAAAAAAAAUGUCUCGCAUCUCGUAAACUCUUGUCUGUCGUAACGUUUCUCUCUAAAAUAAUUUAAGUAACAAUAACUCGUUAAAAUAAGUAUUAUCUCGAAGAAAUAACAUUCCUGAAACAGUUAUUGAUAAACUAGUUAUACACUAAAAAAUAAUCCAAAAACCGGAAAAAUAGUCCUGUGGAAGUUAAAGUGAGUGAAAAAAAAAGCAACGGAGUCGAGCAAAGCCUUAAAAUGUUGAUAAUUAAAUAAAUGAAUUAUAAAAAAUAAAUCAGUGAGUUUGUUAGAGAGUUCCAGGAAUUAACGUCAAAAAGAAAGGUCUAAGUUGAAUAAAUAAUAAAUUAUUCAGCCAAUGUGUGACUCAGCAGACUCGUAUGUACAAAAGCUCAGUUAUCUCCAUCUGAAUGACGAUGGAGACCGAGUUCCUGGAGGUGGAGGCGCUAUUGGAGUACCUGGCCACGUUGGAGGCUCCAAACCCGAGGCUCAGGUUCCAGUCUCAGGAGAUCAGCUCAAGCAUCAUCACUAUUUGCAGCAGCACUACCACCAGCAGCAGUACCAGCAGUAUUCUCGGUCCAACAGGUCGAUGAGUGCUAUUGACAACUACAUAGACGAGCAUACCCAGUCGUACGACCGCGAACUACCCAGAUAUCCUGUCUCCAAGUCGAUAGACCUCGAAGAUAGAAAUCCUGUGUAUGAAAAUAUCGAGUACUACCCUGGACCCACGCACCCGCCGUACUAUCAUUCUUUGGAGAAGAAGAGCCCAAAGAGUAGUCCAAGGACUUCGCUAGCAGGGGACUGCUACGACCCUUCCUUCAGGAAGGCUCAGCCCCAGGUACCUACUAAUAAAUACACAGUGUCUCCAGCCAAGGAACUACCUCCUUACGAAGCUCCGCCAGUUUAUGAGAAUAUCCAGGAAAUUAAUUAUCUUGACGACGCUGCCCAGAGUAAACCUGGACCUCAGGUUCCUAAUUUUUAUCCAGCGAGUAUUAAUGGUGGAGAUUACGUUGUGAUGACUGGAAAGGUCCAACGUCCAACACGCGCUCCAUCUUACGAAGUACCGUCAAUAAACCCCCGUUACUUAACAUCAUCAUCCUCAGCAAACGAUUUACAAGUCCGAGGAAGCACAUACGUUCCGCCAUCAGAGCUGCAGCCCCAACUGCAGCAGCCACCACGGAUGAAUCCGUCGUAUGAUUCAUCACCGCGUCACGCGGAGACUCACUACACGCGUAUGAGUAAUGACCACGUUCCAGGAGUAGGAGUAGGAGUAGGACCAGCCGGGUCUUACAGGUCUCUGAGUCAAGUGACAGAUCCCGGACAGUAUCGCGGCGAGAACGGACAGUUCAAGUACCCGAGUGAGCCAAGACACUCGCCAGUCUACGGUACAAGGUCCACAGACGCCCGUCUGCCCGGAUACACGCCAGCGAACCCGCGUAAUAUAAUGCCAGCGACCUGGAACACCGGUGAAAGGUACAACAGCUCACCGAGCCGCGAGUAUGCCGCGAGAACUCCUGUCUACUCGUCGAACAAGACCAACGAAGGCCAUGAGUCACCCUCUUCCAAUCGCAGCUCCCCCUUGUACGCGAUUCCGCACGCAGGGAGGGACCAGUCCAGGCCCAGGGACUCUGGACCGACUCAGCAGGACUCCAGACAGCAGAGCCAGAGUCUGAAGCACCCCAGCAGCCCGGUCCACCCUCCCCCGAGUCCCAAGGGGCAUCCAGCUCUGCACCAGCCGGUCUCGCUGCCUCCCAGCGCUCCAGUGACUUCCAGACCCGCUGCUCAGUACCCGCCUAGUCCAGUUCGCGGCCAAGUCCAACCUCCAGUCAACAGCGCGACUGUUCCCGUUGAUGAUCUAGCACCAGUUCCAAGAAUCACUAGCUUACCUCCCGGAGUCACCAGUGGUGUAGCUGGACCAGUUUUUCUCAAUGCCGGAGUUCCUGUUCUGCAAAAACCUCCAGCUGAGUUGAACGCUCCAGUGAUUGACAAACGUCCGGUGCCCAGUCCGAGCCCUACUACGAAAACUAUCCAAGGAAAAGGCUUGCUGCCGUACAGCGUCACUCCUGCUAGACCUUCCGGGCCGACUGAGGCUGAGAGGAAGAUCGAGGAGCUCACCAGACAGCUCGAGGAAGAGAUGGAGAAGCAGGAGGAGGAAGGAGAGUACUUUGGAAUUUGUCAUACCUGCGGGGAAAAAGUCACUGGGGCUGGACAGGCUUGCCAGGCUAUGGGGAAUCUUUAUCAUACUAAUUGCUUUAUUUGCUGCUCAUGUGGAAGGGCUUUAAGAGGAAAAGCUUUUUAUAAUGUUCAUGGGAAGGUUUAUUGUGAAGAAGAUUACUUGUACUCAGGAUUCCAACAGACUGCUGAAAAAUGCGCGAUUUGCGGACACUUGAUCAUGGAGAUGAUACUGCAAGCGAUGGGCAAAUCAUAUCACCCAGGCUGCUUCAGAUGCUGCGUGUGCAAUGAAUGUCUCGAUGGUGUUCCAUUUACAGUGGACGUCGACAAUAAAAUUUACUGUGUCAAUGAUUAUCAUCGUAUGUUUGCUCCGAAAUGUGCGUCUUGCGGCAAAGGAAUAACUCCUGUCGAAGGAACGGAAGAAACCGUAAGAGUGGUAUCAAUGGACCGGGAUUUUCAUGUUGAUUGUUACAUAUGCGAAGAUUGUGGUAUGCAAUUGACUGAUGAACCGGAUAAACGUUGUUAUCCAUUAGACGGACGGUUAAUGUGUCGAGCAUGUCACAUUGAACGUAUAUCACUUACUCAACCACGUGCUCCGCAACCAGUUUCUGCAAGUUAUCAAUAUAUGGGUUAAUCAAAAUUAUUCUCUCUUACUUACCUUAAUUAAUUGAAUUUUCGGUAAAUAUUUACAAAUGGGGUCAAC